AUGUCCUUAUCAAAACAAUUGUUAUCUCAAAGAACCCGCCCUUCAUGUUACUUAUUCCUUCUCUACAUCACUGGUGCCAUGACCUUGCCAUUUGUCUUUACCGCCUACAAGACGCCAUUUGAUCAAAGCUCCAAAGGGGUCUACGCCCAUGAACACUACUGGAGAAUCCAGAGACAAUAA